GGGUGACGCAGAGGGAGACGGACCAGAGCCGACCGAGGAUUGGCCGUGGCGGGCUGUGAAGGCGUGGCCAGCGCGCGCGAGAGGGAGCGCGAGGGAGCGGGCGACCGCCCUGCCAGCUAGCCGGAGUCCGGGGCGAGCGCGGCGGGCAGGGGUCGGGUUGAGGAACGCGGCGCGGGAGGCGCGUCCCCCAGCUGCCCUCCGCGGCUCGAGCACCCCACUUCCUUCCCUCCCCUCCCUUGCGCUCCGGCCUGGGGUCUCCGGGCGGGGAGCGGAGGGAAGGGACGAAGGAGGAGGAGGUUUCGCGGAGUGAGGGGCGGAGGGGGUCCCGGAGCGGGGCGAAGCGCGCGCUGCCUCUCACUCUCCUGCCGCUGCCUUUGCCUCCUCGCCCGGUGCCGCGGCCCCGGGGCGCCCGCACUAUGCAGGCGGACUGCCGGCCGCCGCGAUGGCGAGCCGGGCGGUGGUGAGAGCCGGGCACAGCCCUCAUCGUUUCCUAGUCCGGGCCGCGGCCGCCGCCCCCGCCCGGGCCGCGAUCCCCCUCUCCCGCUCCUACCCCCUCCCUCCCCGCUCCAACUCCUCCUCCCCCUCCUCCUUCCCCAUGCCUCUGUUCCUCCUCCUCUUACUUAUCUUGCUCCUGCUGCUCGAGGACGCCGGAGCCCAGCAAGGUGAUGGAUGUGGACAUACUGUACUAGGCCCUGAAAGUGGAACCCUGACGUCCAUAAACUACCCACAGACCUAUCCUAACAGCACUGUUUGCGAAUGGGAGAUCCGUGUAAAGAUGGGAGAGCGAGUGCGCAUCAAAUUUGGUGACUUUGACAUUGAAGAUUCUGAUUCUUGUCACUUUAAUUACUUGAGAAUUUAUAAUGGAAUUGGAGUUAGCAGAACCGAAAUAGGCAAAUACUGUGGUCUGGGGUUGCAAAUGAACCAUUCAAUUGAAUCAAAAAGCAAUGAAAUUACAGUGCUGUUCAUGAGUGGAAUUCAUGUUUCUGGACGAGGAUUUUUGGCUUCAUACUCGGUUAUAGAUAAGCAAGAUCUAAUUACUUGUUUAGACACUGCAUCCAGUUUUUUGGAACCUGAGUUCAGCAAAUACUGCCCCGCUGGUUGUCUGCUUCCUUUUGCUGAGAUAUCUGGAACAAUCCCUCAUGGAUAUAGAGAUUCCUCACCAUUGUGCAUGGCUGGUGUGCAUGCAGGCGUAGUGUCAAACAUUUUGGGUGGCCGGAUUAGUGUCGUAAUUAGUAAAGGCAUCCCGUACUAUGAAAGUUCUUUGGCUAACAACGUAACGUCUGUGGUGGGACACUUAUCUACAAGUCUUUUUACAUUUAAGACAAGUGGUUGUUAUGGAACACUGGGCAUGGAAUCUGGCGUGAUCGCCGAUGCUCAAAUAACGGCAUCAUCUGUGCUGGAGUGGACGGACCACACAGGGCAAGAGAACAGCUGGAAACCCGAAAAGGCCAGGCUGAAAAAACCUGGACCUCCUUGGGCCGCUUUUGCCACUGAUGAAUAUCAGUGGUUGCAAAUAGAUCUGAAUAAGGAAAAGAAGAUCACAGGCAUUGUAACCACCGGCUCCACCAUGGUGGAGCACAAUUACUAUGUGUCAGCCUACAGAAUUCUGUACAGUGAUGAUGGGCAGAGAUGGACUGUGUACAGAGAGCCUGGUGUGGAGCAGGAUAAGAUAUUUCAAGGAAACAAAGAUUAUCACCAGGAUGUGCGUAAUAACUUUUUGCCACCAAUUAUUGCACGUUUUAUUAGAGUGAAUCCUACCCAAUGGCAGCAGAAAAUUGCCAUGAAAGUGGAACUGCUUGGAUGUCAGUUUAUUCCUAAAGGUCGUCCUCCAAAACUUACUCAGCCUCCACCUCCUCGGAGCAGCAGUGACCUCAAAAACACUACAGCCCCUCCAAAAAUAGCCAAAGGUCGUGCCCCCAAAUUUACUCAACCACUACAACCUCGAAGUAGCAAUGAAUUUCCUGCACACACAGAGCAAACAACUGCCACUCCUGAAAUCAAAAAUACCACCAUAACUCCAAAUGUGACCAAAGAUGUAGCCUUGGCCGCCGUCCUUGUCCCUGUGCUGGUCAUGGUCCUUACCACUCUCAUUCUCAUACUAGUGUGUGCUUGGCAUUGGAGAAACAGAAAGAAAAAAGCUGAAGGCACCUAUGACUUACCUUACUGGGACCGGGCAGGUUGGUGGAAAGGAAUGAAGCAGUUUCUUCCUGCCAAAUCAGUGGAGCACGAGGAAACCCCAGUUCGCUACAGCAGUAGUGAAGUGAAUCACUUGAGUCCUAGAGAAGUCACCACGGUGCUGCAGGCUGACUCUGCAGAGUAUGCACAGCCACUUGUGGGAGGAAUUGUUGGCACACUCCAUCAGAGAUCUACCUUUAAACCAGAGGAAGGCAAAGAAGCAGGCUAUGCUGACCUAGACCCUUACAGCUCCCCUGUGCAGGAAGUCUAUCAUGCCUAUGCUGAACCACUCCCGGUUACUGGGCCCGAGUACGCAACCCCAAUUGUCGUGGAUAUGUCCGGGCACCCCACAGCUUCGGUUGGCCUGCCCUCAGCGUCCACUUUCAAAGCUGCAGGGAACCAACCUCCCCCUCUGGUGGGAACAUACAACACCCUUCUCUCCAGGACUGACAGCUGCUCCUCAGCCCAGGCCCAGUAUGAUACGCCGAAAGGUGGGAAGCCGGCUCCAAGUGCCCCAGACGAGUUGGUAUACCAAGUGCCACAGAGCGCACAGGGGGCAUCAGGAGCAGGGAGGGCUGGCGAGUGUGGUGUUUCUAAAGAAGCCCUUUGAAGGUGAUGCUGCCUUUUACAAAGCAUCAUUUUAAAGCACAUGGCCUUUUUAAAAUUGUAUUAGUGGUAGUAAUAUAUAGAACGUAUUACAUAUCUGUCACGGACGUGGUUGGGGGAAAUGUGAUGACCGAGGUACAGGAAACUACUAAUCUUGCCAUCUUGCUUUAAAAGUGUUACUGUAGCACAGUUACUGCUUGCCUAUUAAAUUUCAAAUAUCCUGUUUGUUACUACUGUAAAACACUAUUUUAUACAGAAAAAGCUCCCUACUAUGCACUUCAAAGAAAUUAAAAAUCACUGAGAGUAUUUAUUACCAGUGCUGCAGUUACAUUGAUGAACUCGAGAUGGCUCUGUAAGCCUUUCUGGCAAUAACGCACGGUACUGUUAUAAAAUGUCUGAUGGCUUGAAAUUCUGCUCUUUGUGAAAGGUGGGUACUAUCAUGACUUCUUCCUCUUCUAUUCCUAUAUUGCUUUCUGAAUUUUUUUUUAAAAUAGUGACAUAAUCCUUGUUUUGAUUGCAGUCAUAUAUACUUAUCCAUCUUUCCUUAGGAAGAGCUAUAGCUGGGAAACUGACCUGUAGUGAGCAGUGAUUUUUCACUUUCUGACACUCUAACGAGCUUUAACAUUUCAUAGUACAUAACUUGGCCUCAUCCCUGCUUGUUCCACCUGGGGCCCUUGGUGGCCAGCCCCGUUCUUGUGUUUAUAAAUGCUUGAGUUUUUUCAGUGGGUGAUGCUUGCUUUAUCAACCUCAUUAUUUCAGAUCCCCUAAUGUUUCCAUGUGGAAACAGGAACAACUUUACAAAUUAAAAAUGCUGUAAAGGAGAUUCUCCCGCCCCGAACUUUACUUGCAAUGGAAUUUUUCCUAGGAGAGUUGUGAAAAGUUGAGGGUUUCUAAAAGUGAACACUAAACAAUACCCACUUAUAUUUAUCACGGUGAAAGGCAAAAUCAUGACUCCUCGGGAGUCAUAUAAAUUACCACCCCCCGCCGCCAAAAAAAGUAACCGAAUUUGUCCUCUUUGGUUUUAUGUAUACAGGUUAUUCUUUGAAUCUCAAGGUAAUUUGUUGUUUUUAGUCAAAUAAAGAAAUACUUGUUUUCCACAGUAAACUACUAUAAGAAAUGUAAACCCAGCAUGUAUUCUUCAGCUCUGUGUGAUUAUGCCAUCUAUGUGGUAGGGGGUGCAGUCCUUUAUAUUAUACCUAAGGAACAAAUGUUUCAGCAUCCUAGCAAGGGAAAAUUCCUGUCUUGUUUUUGGUACUUCUGGGCAACUUCUUUGUCACCAUUUGCCCAGAACUAGUUUAAAUGACUGAAAUAGAAACCAUGUGCAGUUUAUUAGCGUUAGUGUAGAAACCAUCUUUAAAAGUCUUUAGACUGGUAAGAUGAUAUGGAAGCUGACCAUGAUUAAAAUAUAGAAACUUGGCAUCCCCUCUUCUAUCAAUCAAUAUAAACCUUAGUUUGCAGACUUAAUAUUGAAAUAUACUUCCCCAUCAGGUUCUAGUUGUUUCUUUCAGCCUGUGCCACCAGAUGAUGGCAGAAUAUGCUAAAUUUGACUAACGAUGUACAGUGUUCAUUUUGCUUGCUUCCAUGAGUCUAUCAGUAUUGUAAAACGUUGCUUCAAAACAGAACUGCCUAUUUCUACGGCCUCCCUGCCUUCUAGUUGUAUGAUUUUCUUGGUCUUAUUUUCAGUGGCUUUUCCUUUUUUCCAACAGACUUUUGAGGCAUAAUUUUAUUCACUGAAAAACCAAUACACAUUUUGUUUCAAAAUAUUUGAAACAAAAAGCACAGAUGUUGAACUUUUAUUAAAACCUAUGAAUGUGUGAAGCACAUGUAUUAAUGCAGUCAUCCCCUUUCAGGUGGGAAGAGAGUAAACCAAUUGCUUUAUUUUUUUAUUCGUCCUUAGUAUACAAAAAUAUACUUUUUCUCAAAUCAUAUGCCUGUUUGAAGCUUUAAGAGAAAUGAUUUCAGUAACUAUUUCAUUUUUCCAAAGAUGCUUGCUAUUUUUGUUUGUGUAUACCUGAUUGUUUUCCCAUAGAACUUUUUUUUUGAGAAGCAAAUGUUUUCUUAAAUAAUGCAUGUUUUAAGACUUGAUUCAUAUAUUGCCACUGUGCUGUUUUUGAACUACCAAUAAUUUUUAUAAAAUACUUAGUUUUUAACUACUAUUAUAUAUUUUACUUUCCAAAUGAAGAGCUGAGCCUGAUACAAAGGGUUGUACUGGUUUGUACUUUUUCUUUUAAUUCGUAUGUUUUCAUAUUAGAGUUUUGUUUUGGGUUGUUUUUUUUUUCUAAUGUUACUAUGUCUGCUAUAUAUACAGCUUUGGAGACAAUCAAGUAACAACUGAAAAUGUGAAAGUAACCAUUUUUUACAAAAUUCCCUUGGAAUUUUUAUUCUUUGCUUGAAACAUGUAAAAGAUUUAACUCACUGUGGCUUAUUGGAUUAAAUUCUUUCCUGUUAAUGCAGUUACAAAAGUAGAAUCAGACAGUGGUGCAGGAAAUGUGGCCCUUAAGGUUUCAUAAAAUUACACUGGCUUAGCUGUUACUUGAUCUUGGGAACCGGCACAGUUAAAGGGAAGAUAUUGUGAAUGCUGAUUUAUAUUUUAUUGAAAGCUGUAAAUCUAAAUAGAUCCUAUUGCGUAUGCAGGGUCUAGCCCAGUUAUUUAAGUUCACGUUUCACUGUUUGCACUUUGUAUUGAACAAUGGGUUUAUUCGCUGUUGAAAUGGUUCGAGCAGAGGAUUUAUUCGGUAACUGAAAUUAGGAUGUUACUUAUACACUUGCCCUCCCCCCCCACACACCCCCCCCCACCCUCGCACUGGAGGGAGCAGAAAAUGAGCUCGUUUAAAUAUGAAUGUGGCUGUAAUUCUAUGGAAUGUGAUAAAGCUUGAACUUCUUUCCCUGGGCUCCACAUUGUUACCUGGAGAGCAAGAGGGUUACAGAAACACCAUGUCAGAUAAUACAAUUCGAAAGAAUGAAUAGAUUAGGUGGGACAAUAAAAGCUUUUCAGCCCCUCUUAAGAGAAAUCAAUGAAGCUCUGCUUAUUAAAAAAAAAAAAAAAAAAUUACCUACUGGCUCUGCCUUUCAGUUCUGAACUUGAAGUCCCUAAACUGCAAAAUCUAAGGAAAAGUUGGAUACUUUUAGGUCAAUUGUGGCACCAGUUCUCAUUUAAUCCAACUUGUGACUAGUUUCUUCUCAUCUCCUCCUCUUCUUUUUUGGCACUGGGAAAGGUAGAAACAAAACAUGUAUUGAAAUACGUAUUGGAAAUAAAAAUGGCUUGAGUGUCAGUGAUAUUCUCCCAGAAUGUACUUUUCUUACCUCGGCAUGUACUGUAGUCACUCAGUAUUUGUAUAUGUUGCUAGAAUUUAGACUGUAUAAAUAGUGAGAUUUUAAUGUGUUCACGUGUUUUUAAUAAAUUGUAUAUGUGUCUUGUUCAGGUUUUUUGUUUUUUGCUUAAAUAAAACAACCUUGAGGUUUGUAACCUUUCUCAUACCAUGCAAAAUGCCAGAUCCCUCAAUUUUAAGAUCAGGUUUUUAUGGCCAAUAUUAUAGUACUUACAGUAACAUUUGAAAAUGCCACCAUUGGGGGGUUUUGGGGGUUUGGUUUUUUGUUGUUGUUGUUUUUAUAAAUUCAUUUAUUUAUUUUUGGCUGCGUUAGGUCUUCGUUGCUGCGCGGGGGCUUUUCUCUAGUUGCAGCGAGCAGGGGCUAGCCUUGGAUACGGUGCGUGGGCUUCUAAUUGCGGUGGCUUCUCGUUGCAGAGCAUGGACUCUAGGCAUGUGGGCUUCAGUAGUUGUGGCGCGCAGGCUCAGUAGUUGUGGCACAUGGGCCUAGUUGCUCCGCGUCUUGUGGGAUCCUUCCCGGACCAGGGCUCGAACCCGUGUUGCCUGCAUUGGCAGGCAGAUUCUUAGGCACUGCACCACCAGGGAAGUGCCUACCGUUGGUUUUUGACAUUGACUUUUUCUGUAGCCAGCACCAUCCUUUCUGAAGCCCAAAUUACUUUACAUCAAACUCAGCUUCAGCAGCCCAGCUGCAGCCUAUGGCUGUGUGGUAUGAGGGAACGAUCACAUUGAACAGCAGUGCCUUUUCCACCUCAAAGAAGAAAAAUCAAACGAGACUGGUAUGGUGCAAACAUAUGCUGGGAUUAACAGAACAGAGUCCAUAUUUAUUGCCUAGGUCUGGGUUAAUUCAGCUACUAGUUUUGUCCCCCUUACACCACUUUCAAGUAUGUCAGUCACUUAUUUCUGUUUCUGAUCUAAUAGUAUUUAUACACUCUCUUUAGAGAUGCAGGCUAGUUAGUGAUAAUUAUCAUUGUCUCCCAGUGAUAAUUAUUGUUCAAGAGAUGCCAGUUCUUUCCACUCCUACCUCUUCUGACAGCUCUUGAUUCCAGCCUUAUAACCUCCACUGUUCUCUUCUCUUCACCCCUUGUCCCCCUCCUUCCCCAUAGCCUUUGGUUAUAGUCAGACAUUAAAAUGAAAAGGGAGACGACUAGCUCACGACUUUUGUCCAACUGGCUUGUUUGCAUCCCACAACAGUCUUCUCUGGUGCACCCUAGGUAAGCUUUCCAUUUGAAGAUGCGAUUUAAUCAUGUGGACAAUUGGUUUUUCAUGAAAAUGACAUUUAAAUCCAGAAAAAGCUUGACUCUUCUUAAAGGUUUACUCAUUCAUGUCUUUCCUAAUUUACUUCCAAUAAACUUUGAAAUUUUAAUGAAUAAAUUAAACCAGGCAAAAAAUGUUUUAAGAAUUUUCUCCUUCUUGAGCUUGCCUAGUUCAGCUUCUUUGUAUAAACUGUAUUUCUUUAAAAUAAUGCAGUCACCAGAUUUUAGGAAUUGCAUUCUUUCUUUGGUUAUUUACUUAUCCAGAGUUUCAUAUUUAUCCUAUUUCUUUCGACUUAAAGAACAUCUUCAUUCUACCAAACUACUCAUCAUAAUCAUGGUUUAACUUAACUGUAGGAAAAGAAUGCUUAAUUAAGCCAGUAUGAUCUUAGGUUUCCCUAAUCAUCCAUGCUUAGGGUCUGGUUUAAGAUUCCAGCCAGGUUCCUCAGGUAGAACAAAAAGGAACCAAACAAUCAUCCAGAGAGAGCUACAGAGGCCUGAGGUGGUUCCAGUAUGCCACAUUCAAGGCACCGCUGCAUGCCAGCUCCCCACCAAUUUACAGGAGGCAGAUAAACCUCUCAGAAUGUCACGUUACAUUCAAAAUCUGCUGUGGUAAACUAAAUCCCCUUACUUAUUAGGAAGUCACAUCCCUUCAAAAGUCUAAGAUGAAGUAACUAUAAAAAGAUGCUUAAAAACACUUCAGAAAACUAGCUUAUUUUUAAAACAAUGCAAUGAAAAAUUCACUCUCCCUGAUAGCUUAGCAUGUCUUGGUUUCCAUAAAUUAAAUAUAUUCACAGAAAUUAAGCUGGUGGUUAUGAAGCACCAGGCAGCAAUAGACUUACUAUAAUUUCUUGACAAGUACAUCCAACAACAUAUUUAAAAAUAAACUAAAAAUUGCAGUGUAAAAAUAAAACUAAUACUGUUCGCAUCAUCUUCGGAGUCUGUAGGGUCAAUCUUGCGUCAAGUCGAUUACAAAGUUUUUUUCUAUAAUGUCCUUCAAAAAGAGCUGCUCUGCAGUCACAUUGUGAUACGCAUUCUAAAGAAGAAAAAUAAAAUAAAAUCACCAUCUAUCCCAAUCUCAAAAUGUUAACAACAGCAGCAACGGAAUAUGCUGUAUCUAAAAACCUUAAUUAAAAACUCAAGUAACAAGUGGCAUGGAUUUUUAACUUAUCUUUCUCAUUUCUUUUUCAUUGCUCAUUCUUGUGCCAGAGCUUUCCCUAAAGCCCACUCUUUCCACUUAAACCAUCACAUAAGUAAGAGGCUCCCUCACAUCAUCUUCUAGUCUACUGAAUUAUGGUAUAAAUCUAGAAACCAGAAUUUGAAAGUGUUAAGCUCUAACCUGAAUAAUACCACUUUUUCAGCUUAUAUAGUAUUUAGGGAUGAAGAUUUAAGGGGACUGGUUUCAUGUCGUGGGGUAUAGCCAUAUACUUAACAGCAAAUCAUUCACAGUUCAAUAUUUAAAAUGUACAGGUAACAUUUUAAUCCUAUCACUGUGUCACUAAUCUAAGUUAUAAUUAGGAAAAUAGGAAAUUCCUUCCCAUUUAAUCAAUUAAAGUCAAAAUCUUAAGGAUCAAAUCCACCACCAUUAAUCCCCAUUCAAGAGAAGAAUGAUCUAGUAUAAAGGUUUACAACUUUUCUGACCAUGAAGAUUCUUUCAUGAGGUUAAAAUGUUAUGGACCUUCUCAUCGACUUAACUGAAAAACUACAUGAAAAUAAUUUGUAUGAUUAUGGCCAUGCUUUUAGGUGAAUUUGAAAUAUCUCAAACAGCAGGUUUCUACAUAUUCAAAUAGUGCAAAUAUGAUACAGUAUCUAGGGUAAGGCUUGGUCCCUAUAUAGGUUUGAUGAGUUUCUCCCAGGGGUUUGAGGCCAACAGAUUGGGAGCUGUAGUAAGAACUCUGGACCUGAGUCCUAAUUUCAGCACAUGCUAUCUCUGUAAACCCUUGUCAAGCCGUCAUCCCCUCAAAACCUGUUCCCUCAGUAAAAUGACAGGGUGAAAAGGGAGAAUGUAAGCUUUCCAACUCUAAAGAUCAAAGAUUAUACCAAAGUGUGUGUGUGUGUGUGUGUGUGUGUGUGUGUGUGUAUACACACACACACACACUCAUAUAUAUAUAUAUAUUUUUUUUACCUUAUUCAUCAAAGACAUGGUGGCAUUCCCAAAGUAGUGCAAAGGACUCUUGAGGUCAGAAAAGUUGUACUUAAAACCAGCAAGGUGAACUUCAUGACAUAUGUGAAAUGCCAACGUAAUGGCAAUAAUUCCUGUUGUUGGGUGUUUGGGUUUCUGGAGGAGGAAAUGAAUAUUUAGGGAAAAAAAUCCAAACAAGGUACCUGUUUCCAAAACAUUUGGGUGACCUAAUCUUAUAAAAUAGCAUCUUCUGAACAUUUAAUCAGGACAGAAAUACUUCAGUUAAAUCCUUGUCAUGUCCUAAGGUUCAAGCCCCAAAGUUAAUAUCCUAACUCUGAAUAUAAAGUGUUGCUUGGAAUCUUAGAAAGUCUCUCAGGUCAAACUUAACUGCAGUACUAGUCCAGAAGACAGCUAGCAAAUGAAGCCUUUAAGGAAAAGGAUGCUGCUGCCUUGUUUUUAAAAAACACACCGAAGUCAAGCAACUUGUGGAAAAAGCAAAGCCUGAGAAUGUUAAACCCACGUAUGAAACGUAAGAACAGCUUAAUUCACUAACGGAUAAGAUCAUGCUAAAAGGCUUCAAAUAAUUUAGCCUUAAAAUGGUUCUAUUUUAUAAUGCUGAUAAUUUAGCUCUAGGGAAAGACGGCUUUAAUCAAGUAACUUCAAUAACAAAUUGCCAUGGUAAUGAUCUGACUAGAAAAUAAAGAUUCUAGACGUAUAUACAGAUUAAAGUCACAAUCUCAGUUUUGUUUUUAAAUUGAUUAUAAUUUUAACUAAAUUUUAACUAAAAAGAAAGAAACCAAGCAUCCUCUUCACAUGUACAUAUAUCCUGAAAAACACUAUAAUAGAUGUUUGGCAGAAGGGUCUUGGCAUUCAGAGUUUUCAUUCUCGUUGGAUGGCCUUCAGAGGCAAAACCAAGAUAUAUCUUAAAUUUACUAAUACAAAAAUUCAAGGAGAUUUUCUUUUGAUUAAAUGUUUCUUACAGAUCCCAUGGAAAUUACAUAUGAUUAAUUAUGAUUUUGAGAAAAAGAAAAAAAUCAGAGCAGCACAAUAAAAUCAGAUAAACUCCAGGAAGCAAAUUUGUCUGCAAGCCUAACAGCCUUUUUUUUUUUUAAG